ACACAAGUGUUAAAGUACCAGCCCCAACUGUUGCCCGGACCAACCCAUCCAGCAUCCAGGUCCCACACAGUCCGACAGAGAGCAGAGAGAGUGCGCACGGAGCGCAUAGGGGAAAGUCGUGCUUUUAUACAGCGUGGAUUGUUUUUAUCAUUCGUUUUGGACAUUUCUCUGCACGUUUCCUCUUUUUUAUAUAUUUUUGGAGUUUUUGCUGGAUCGUUCUCGGCCCAUAAACGGCAGUCCUUAUUAUGACUUCCUCGCACCUGUCUCUACUGACGCUGAUCUGCGUCCUGGCCUCUGCAUCGGUUACCGGAGACACCGGCUUCCUCCAGCUCUCAAGUGACUUUGAUGAGGACAUGCUCUCCCGGCAUAUGCAUAGGUUGUACGAGAAAUAUAACAGAGAAAAGCGCCUGAAAGAAGGAAACACUAUCAGGAGUUUCAGAGCCAUCCAAGACUUUGCUGACCACAGGAUUGUGUACAGACUUAACCUAACAACCCUUCAGGAAUCAGAGGCCAUCCUCUCUGCAACAUUCCACUUCCUGCUAGAUAAGCACACACUUACAAGACCCUGGUUCUGCAAACGCUUCAAGAGCCCAUCAUGUCACUCUGCAUUCACACAACCUUCUCCGCCCAUCAGCUUGAUGUUUCGCUCCCACUCUUCUGGGUCAGAGGUUAGAUCUGAGCCGGUGGAGUCAUCUCUAGGUAACGUGACCUUUUACCCCCACAGGAAAGGGGUUUGGCAGAUGAAAGAUGUGACCAAGGUAAUAAAGGAAGCUCAAGCUAGGGGUCAGUUUUUGCUGUCGCUGGAACUGGACUUUGGACAACAGCCCCAUAAAAAACAAGGGGAUGUUUUCUCUGCUGUCAGCAUGCCCUACCUGUUACUGUAUGCCAAUGACCUAGCUUUAGCAGAGCCAAACAGUGUUGCUGCUAGCCUUCAGAGAUAUGACCCAAUAAGUGAGGGAGCAGAAGUCCUGCACAGGUCUAACUCCUCACCGAGACUGAAGGGACGCAUAAGAAGGCAAACGGAUCCGCUCCCUGACACCAUUCAGAACAACGAGUUGCCCAACGUCAACCUCAGACCCAGUAAAUACAGAAAAGAGGACCUGUGGGAGAUCAACUGGCACCUCACAUUCAAACCGAAGUUUAAAGCAGAGAGGAAAGAAAAGACGGGGAAGAGUCAAGACAGGGCCAGAGAAGAGCGAGACAAAGCUGAACCUCAGACCCUCAAAGGAGGAGAAAGAAUAGCACAAAUUAAAACGGACGAUUCAGGUACCCUCAAAGAGAGUCCAACACUUUCUCUUGGUGACAGACAGAAGAAUGAGCGGAACAAUCAGGGAAAACACAAGGGCCGGGUUCACACUCAGUCAUCUGUUCUGAGUUUUGAUGAACAAACAAUGCGAAAAGCCAGGAGACGGCAGUGGGGCCAGAACAGACGCUGUUCCAGGAGGAACCUAAGAGUGGAUUUUGCUGAUAUUGGCUGGAAUGAAUGGGUCAUAGCCCCCGAGUCAUUCGAUGCCUAUUACUGUGCUGGUGCAUGUGGUUUUCCCAUGCCUCAGGCUGCCAGGCCAUCCAACCACGCCACCAUACAGAGCAUAGUCCGAGCUGUUGGGAUCAUCUCUGGGAUUCCUGAGCCCUGCUGUGUCCCAGAAAACAUGAGUCCCCUGGCUGUGCUCUUCCAGGAAGAAUCCAGAAACCUGGUACUCAAGAUUUACCCCAACAUGUCUGUCCAAUCCUGCUCCUGCCGAUAGAACAGUGGUGAGGGGAGAACACAAAAAAGGGAGAAACAACAGGUGUAAAGGUGGCAGAACUGUGCAACUGUGCAUCGGAUAACAGGUUUCCUGAUGCUGGACAAAAAAUGCCACCCUACUCUGAAAUAUUCCUUCAAGAAUAAGGGAGAUGUAAAGGAAUCACUUCCAUUGAAUUUGACUGACCUCUGCACUGACAAGAGAAGCACAGACAGUGUUUUGUAUCUCCAAGAAGACCCAUAAGUUAUAUGUUGCUGAAUGCAGUCAGUUCAGAAGAGCAUUUAAGAGAUGUUUUUCCUGUUUAAUAGCAGAACGUUUUUAAACACAGCUCAUGUUGAGUUUGUGGUUUUGUUUUACAAUGCACUGCAAAAGUAUUCAUACCUGUUGAACCUUUUAAAAUUUGUUCCCAAUACAACCACAGGCUUCAAAGCAUUUCCCUGGGAUUUUAUAUGACAGAACAAUACACAAAACUCUCAUUAGCAAAGUGGAAAUACAAGAUUGAGUGCUAUUGAUUUAUUUUUUUUUCUUUUACAAAUAAAACUAUGUAAAGUGUGGUGUUCAUUUGUAUUCAGAACCCUCAAGUCAGAGUCAGAUAAUCACUUUUAGGUUUCUUCCAACUUCUAGAGACCUAGAUCUGUGUUUGCAUAAUAAUCCAUCAAACACAGCAGACUGGAAGGAUGGCAUCUUUGAAAAGCAAUUUCAAAUUUAACAUUUAGUUCUGGGCUUUGACUAAGUCAUUCUAAUACAUUUAUGUUCUUUGAUCUAAACCAUCCAAUUUUGGUUCUGGUUGAAUGUCUAACGUCGGUGUCCUGGAAGGUGAUCCUCAUCCCUAAUUGCAGGUUUGUUGCAGUCUCAAAUGGUUUUCUUACAGAACUCCCUCAUCUUUAGAUCCAACCAUCUUCCCAUCAACUCUUGGCAAGUUCCCUCUUCCUGCUGAAUAAAAGCAUUCCAAUAGGAUGAUGUUUCACCAUUUUAAACAUGUUUCACCAUUUUAAGUCAGCCUCUUACCCCCAUAGGACAGUCAACUCUCUUUAAAUCUCAUCUGACGAGAAUGGGUUUCUUCAUAUCCCUGAAUGCCUUGCAGUAAAUUGUAAAUUGAACUUUUCAAGACUUUUGUUUCGCAUAUUUUCUUCCCAUUCUUCCAUUAUUGCCAGAGUUGUGGAUCACAAAACUUAUAUUGUUCCAGUUGAUGUCAGAUCUUUGAAUGGGUUGGCAGUCGUUCCAUGCUCUUUUUAUAUUGAGUUGAUGGACCAAACCACAUUUUUCAUACUUUUAUUUUAAAAAAGCAAUAAUAAAACAAAUUUAAAAAACGAACUAAUAGUAAACCCAUGUAAUCAUUUCCACACACAUCCUCACACAUUUUGUUCUGCUUUAUGUUGGUCUGUCCCUUAAAAUCUCAUCAAAAUACACCCAGGUUUGUGUGUCUAAUAUGAUGAGAUGUAAAAUGGAGUAAGAAUACUGGUGAAGCUGAAUUUUUUGACUACAAAAGCACAUUAUUAUUUGGCAGCAAACAAGAUUAUUAAAAAUUUCCAAUUUUGUGCAUACUUCAUAUGUGUCAUUUUGUUUGCAGACAAUAUGUUGUUUAUGUUGUAUAAAGAAACAAAUUGUAGAGAGCACUUCACACCCAGCAACUCCCCUCUAACACUUCAAGAAUCUUAGAGUAAAAACAUGUGUUUUGUAA